CUUUUAUCACCGAGAACGAAACAUCACACUCUCGAACCUUCGUGCCCCAAGACCGUAUGCAUUUCUCACCUUCAUCACCACUCACACGGGGAGCCUUUUGAUCCUUGCCUUACUUGCUUUUAAUCCUUCUCUCCUUCUCUCCCCCCCCACUCCUCUUCCCCCUCCUCCUCCUCCCCUCCUCCACCUCCCCCUCCUCCUCCCCUCCUCCACCUCCCCCUCCCCCUCCUCCUCUACCUCCCCCUCCCCCAAUACCAACAUUUUCUCACCAUAACGCGAGCCGAGGAUGGAGAAACCAACUUCGAAGAAAACGCCAUCUCCAACAGCUCAACCAUUUGUCCCCGGCCAUCAGGUCACCCGUGCAUCGUCCUUUGCUUCGACGCCUAUCGUAGCCUCACCAAACGUCGACGCUGCAGCUUCUAAGCCACGCGUGAACCUGCCAGCCUCAUUGGUUCCUUGUAGAUACUUUGCAGCAGGUUACUGUCAACGAGGGCCCGCUUGUUUCUACAAACAUGAUUUAUCAUCGGUAACACUUCCUGGCCUUGAGAGUGCUGAUAAGGGGAAGAAGACCCACGAGCCAGAGAAUACAGAUACCUGUGCAAUAUGCUACGAGAUCCCAGUCACAUAUGGGCUGCUGACGAGCUGUGAUCAUGUUUUUUGUCUUUCAUGCAUCCGUGCCUGGAGAUCUACGGCUGCGCCAGAUGCUGUUCCAGAUUCAGAGGGUGGCGCUUUGAGCAAGACUUCGAAGACUUGUCCGCUGUGUCGGGUUCGCAGCAAGUUUAUCAUUCCUAGUAGCGUUUUCCCGCGACCAGCUGGAGAUGCGCCCGAUGAGGGGGAGAAGAUCAAUCCGGCCAAGGAUGCAAUCAUAGCAGCCUAUCUUGCGAAGCUUAAGACUAUCCCUUGCCGUCAUUUUACCAAUUCUCUGUUGCCCAGUGCUCCUCCUCGUCCCCGCCGUAAUCUUCCCGACUGUCCAUUCGGUAACGAUUGUCACUACAAACACACAUUCCGUGGAUCUCCCUACGUCUUUAGUGACUCGGAACUUAGCGCUCAACGUCGUCGCAGAGCUCAUAGUCCGCGCCGCCUGGGAUGGAUGGAACGCCUUCUUUUCGGUGCAGGUUACGAUUCAGGCAGUGACCCCCUGCCCUCACCCCCCUGGCCCGUUUCAGAGGCGGAAGCAAGAACUCUAAUGGAAAUUAUUCUCGAAGGCGGCGAUCCCCCAGAAUGGGACGAAUUCGAGGAGGAAGAGGAGGACGAUGAGGACGAUGAGGACUAUUUCUAUGAAGAUGUUGACGAUCCAUUUGAUCCCAAUUGGGAACAGAGCAUCCUCGAUACUAUGGAAUUCUCAGCCCCUCCCAGGUUUAACUCCCGGAGUAGAUGGGCGCAAGGUACUGGGGCGGGGGAUCAGGACGAUGUCUUUCUAUUUUAAGGCGUUGUUUUCCACCCAUCUCUGCGGUCUGUUCUUGCGGAGAGUGUGGGUAUUUGGUAUAUUUUAAUGCUUCUAAAAUCAGAUUCACUAAGUUUAAUUUCGAGAGACGCGGUGUGGGCGUGGAGAUAUGGCAUGUAGUGUCACACAAAUCGGAUGUCUAGUAGUCUGAAUUAAUCUCCACUUUUU